GUUAUCUAUGAGAAGGAUCCUCGGUGGUAUAUGAAAGUGAUAUGGCUUGGUGUCUUGAUGAACGUUGGCAUCGUUUUGAAUUUUGAUGAGAUGGUGUUGAGGCACUGGACAGAGGAGGCUCCAAGCCAAGCUACCGGGCAUAACGACAACGAACCAACACAUAAAUUACGACCCUUAUGGCAGCGGACUGGCGCAGCUAUCUUGGCAACAAGCUUUGGCGCCAUGGUAAUUGGUGGAUUGUUGGUCGUAAAAUAUAGAACCGUCCGCCGUCUCACGCUUCAUCCUGACAAAAGACGUAUCCUCGUUCAAUCCGCUAGCCGCUUCAAAAACAGUGGGAAGUUUGUAAACAAAGAAGAUUGCUCACUGGAACCUGGGAGAGGGGCUUCGGAGCUAUUUCUCAGAGUGAGAGGCAUGCGAGGCGUCCAUUUCAUUGACUUGGAUGGCGCCAAAAUCAACGACGUCCAGGAAAGUGCAUGGAAUAACCGAAGAAAGCUAUUGGAUUUAUGGCAUACCCUUCGUUUCACUGAAGAUCGUCGAAAAGGUUAUGCGUUUCAUCGACCAUAAUAAUGUUUAUAAAUGUAAUUUAUCCCGCCAAGACCAGCCCAUAUGGUCUAUCGAAACCUC